AUGCCUGCGGCGGCCGUUCCCGGAGGCGGCGGCGCCGCCGACGCCGAGGAGCUGUUCCGCACCAAGCGCAUCCCAGAGAUUCGCGCGGCUGAGGGCGCCACCCGACGCGAGAUCUCCGCCAAGGAGGAGGAGCUCCGGCAGCUCGUCGGGCGCAGCUACCGCGACCUGCUCGACUCCGCGGACUCCAUCCUCCUCAUCAAGCAGUCCUCCGAUGCCAUAUCCGACAACCUCGCCCGCAUCUCCGGCUCCUUGCCGUCGCUCUCGCCGCCCCCUGAACCCUCUCCCGCCGUAAGCGCCGCCUCGCCGUACCCAUCUGCUGGAGGGCGCGCGAGGCUGUACGCGCUGUCCGCGCGCGCCAAGUACCUGGUUGACACGCCGGAGCACAUCUGGGGCCGGCUCGACGAGGGCCUGCUCCUGGAGGCGGCGGGUCGGUACCUGCGGGCUCAGGUCGUGCACGGGCGGCUCUCCCGCGACGCAGCGGCCGCCGCGCGGUUCCCACUCCUCGCGCACCAGGCGCAGCUCGUGGAGGCGUUCCGGCCGCAGAUCGCCCAGCGCGCGCGCGAGCGCCUCGCCGACCGCCGCCUCCCUGUAGCGGCUCACGCUGACGCGCUUGCGGCCGUGGCCGCCAUCGACGCCCCGUCGCUUGCCCCGGCACAGGCGCUCCUCCUCUUCCUCACCUCGCGCCGCGUUUGGAUCUCCCAAGCCCUAGUUGGGCUCGCCUCGGAUCUGUCAUCCUACACCUCUGUGCUGUGCGAUAUCGCGAGGAUCGUGCGGAUCACGCUUGGCCACGUUGGACAGUUGUUUGUGCCUGCACUCAGUGAUAUGCCUUUGUUCUUCAAGACGGUGCUUGAGAAGAUGCCGCCUGAGCAGUUGUUCGGUGGCAUUCCGGACCCUGAUGAUGAAGCACGGUUGUGGAAGGAGCACAUGAACCAGCUUGAGGCUACAAUGGUGCUGCUUGAGCCAGAUGCCAUUGCAGGGGCCUGUACGGAUUGGCUCAAGGAAUGUUGCACUGAAAUUUUUGGUGUGAUUGCUGGUGAGCAAAAGUUGGUUGAUGCCAUUGGGAGUGGGGAGCUGCUUGGAUCAGUGCAAAGGCUUGUACGUGAUGCACUAGAUGGGAGGGACGGGUUGGAGGGAAGUUUGGAGCAGUGGCUGAAGAGUGUCUUUGGGUCAGAUAUUGAGUCGCCAUGGGAUCAGAUCUGUGGGUUGAUCUUGAAGGACGGCAAGGAUAUUUUUGAGGAUUGGAUGGAGGAAGCAUUUGUGCGGCGGAUGAAGGACAUUGUGCAUUCAGAGCUUGAUAGAUUGGGUGCUAGUGUUAACAUGAAGGAAUCAGUUUACGCUAUUGGUGCCAAUGCUGAUCCAAAGGAUGCUGGAGAUUUCCUUGCAUACCUGCGGAAAUCUUCAAAGGGCGGUGGUUUCUGGUUCUCAGAGUCUAAGAUCAAGAAAGGCGGAGUUUUGGCACACUUGAAACCAAUUGCUGAUGAAAAUGAUUUCCAUAGCUGCCUAACAUCGUAUUUUGGGCCAGAAGUUAGUCGGAUCAGGAGUGCAGUUGACAGUAAAUGCAAAAAUAUCCUGGACGAUCUGUUAAGCUUUGUGGAGUCACAUAAUUCAGCCCCAAGGCUGAAGGAAUUGGUGCCAUACCUCCAGGAGAAAUGCUACAGGACCAUCUCGGGAGUACUGAAAGAAUUAGAAGCUGAGCUCAGAAAGCUCUCUGCUUUGUUGGGAACCAAAAAGGAGGGUAACGACAUACCUGCAGCUUCUAUUAUAGCGGAGAGGUCUCUCUUCAUUGGUCGUCUCUUUUUUGCGCUGAGAUACCAUUCAAGUCAUGUACCCCUGAUACUAGGUUCUCCAAGGGAGUGGGUAAAGGAGGCGGGUGGUGCAGCAUUUGCCAAGUUAUCAUCACCUACACCAAGACAUUCAAGGGCAUCUUUUGAUUCUUUGGUUUCUUUUACACCCAGAAGGCGCACAUUUGACAGUCCCAGGAGUCCUGGAAGGCAAUUAUCGGAUAGCCCCAGAAGACAAACUAUUGCUGCUGCAGUAUCUUUGUUUGGCGCUGAUGAUAGAUCCAAUCCUAGACUUGAUGAACUCAAUAAGACCCUGCAAUCACUUUGCAUCAUGGCUCAUAAUGUAUGGAUAGCAUGGGUGUCCACUGAAUUAUGUCACAUUCUUUCAUAUGAUCUCAACAAAGAUGAUUCACUAUCCUCUUCAACUCCUUUGAGGGGCUGGGAAGUCACAGUAAUUAAACAAGAGGAAACAACUGAGGGUCCCUUGGAGAUGCAAAUAGCUCUUCCAUCGAUGCCUUCAUUGUACAUCAUAUCCUUUCUUUAUCAAGCAUGCCUGGAGAUUCAUAAGGUUGGAGGGCACAUCCUGGACAGGAUUAUUUUGCAGAAUUUUGCAUGGGAGCUACUGCAGAAGGUCAUCAAUAUUUAUGAAAAUUUUCUUUCAUCUGUUGAAUCUGGGAAUUCUCCGGUUUCAGAGAAAGGAAUUCUGCAAAUACUGCUAGACUUGCGUUUCAUUGGUGAUGUCCUAUCAGGAGGUAAAAGUUCUUCCACCAACACUACUGAAAUGCAGACAAAUUCUUUGCCAAGCACCGUCACCAAGACUUCCUUCAGGAGAAAACAGUCACAAUUACAGGCAGACUCAGCUGUCAUAGAGCCUAUAAACAAGUUAGUCAACAGGCUCUCACAGAGAUUGGAUCCUAUAGACUGGGCCACGUAUGAACCUUACCUGUGGGAGAAUGAGAAGCAAUCUUACAAGCGUUAUGUUGUUCUUUUUGGUUUUUUGGUCCAACUGAAUCACAUGUACACUGGUACUGUACAAAAAUUACCAACGAAAUCAAAUACAAAUUCAAAUAUCAUGAGGUGCUCUCAGGUUCCAAGAUUCAAGUACCUACCAAUCAGUGCCCCAGCUAUAUCAUCAAGAUCACACAAAUCGUCACUACAGUCGCCAUCUAGCGACUCCACAUCUAAAAAUCCUUGGAAAUCCUAUUCAAAUGGAGAUAGAUCUACUACACCAGAGUUUGAUGAUAAUGCAAGUCUUGUCGGUGCUGCUCCAUUGCUUAAGUCAUUUGUUACCCAGGUGGGGAGCAAAUUUGGGGAGAACACAUCAAGAUGGGGGUCUAUGCUCUCUGACGGGCAGAAUGAUGCCACAUUGCUGGUCCAGUGUUGCUUGGCAUAUCCUGCCAUGCCUCUUCGCAAUCUUAUUGUGACUAGACAGCGUCGUGGAGAAGCUCAGGAAAUUAUGAUGGAAAAGAUGAGAUUUAUUCUAUAUCGGCUGCCCACAGGUUGA